UGUCAUCAAAGUGUAAAGUGUGAUAAAAAUGAUAACGUCUGGAAUUAAACUGCCUUGGUCCUCCAGCAAGGUGCCGCCCAGUCAAGUGAUUGUGACCAUUUUCCUGUGCCUAGCCGUCUUCUACGGCCUGGUUAAGCUCGUCGCCAUUCCGCUGCGAAUCGAUGACUUUGACAGCUUCAGACCAAAUCCCACUGAGGAUGGGCAGUCACCAGGUCAAGGAUUUGGAAAAUCUGAGAUAGACCCCUGAGCCCAGCCAGCAAUCAUCAUCGUUAAUGUAAUGUGGGUAAUGUGGGUGGUGGCACAUCGGAGACCACUGUGCCUUUGCCCGACUUGCUUGGCGCUUGGCGCUUUGCAAUUGCGAUUGUAAUUGCAAAUUAAUUAAAUUUAAGCAUGAACAACAUGUCAGACGGCCAGCGCCGUUCAAAUCCAAUUUACGAUAGCAAUUAAACGCAAUUUAACAGCGUAUUUGCUUAUCAUUGUAGUCUACUGAGCAGAUUCGAACGCUU